CACUGCGUUUCUUAGCAACAGGCCGAUCACUGCAAGACUUGAGAUUUUCAGCUGUAAUGGGAACUAGCACCUUAUCCAAGAUUAUACCAGAAACUUGUGUUGCCAUCUACAAAGUACUCAAGAAGGAUUAUUUAAAGUUUCCGGCAACAGAAAAGGAGUGGAAGACUGUUGGAGAACAGUUCGAGUUUAGAUGGAAUUUUCCCCACUGUCUCGGUGCUGUUGAUGGAAAGCAUGUAUGGAUAACGCCGCCAUCAGAAUCAGGGUCUUAUUAUUGGAAUUACAAAGGAUACAACAGUCUUGUGUUAAUGGCAGUUGUAAAUGCGAACUACGAAUUCAUUAUGGCAGACAUUGGAACUAAUGGUCGCGUAUCAGAUGGAGGAGUCAUUGAUAAUACAGAAUUUGGUAAGCGACUCAAAGAUGAAAAGCUCUGCAUCCCACAUGAGUCAGUAACAGCUACUUCAAAUUGUGUUUUGCCAUAUGUAUUCGUGGGAGAUGAGGCCUUUGCAUUAAGGACAGAUUUCUUGAAACCUUAUUCUCAAAAGGACCUACAUAGUGAGGAGAAGCGAGUAUUCAACUACAGGCUGUCAAGGGCACGGAGAGUGGCAGAAAAUGCCUUCGGCAUUAUGGCUUCCAGGUUUAGAAUUUUCCACACUUGUAUAAAUCUCAAAUUGACAAGUAUUGACAAAGUUGUCAUGGCAUGUGUUGUGCUACAUAACUAUUUGCGGAAAGCAUGCCCUUCAGACUAUUCCCCAGAGGACUGCUUCCAUAGGGAGGAUAGAAUGCGCAAAAUUAUUUUGCCAGGCUUAACUGCAGAUCCUAAUUAUUUAGCAGGUUUGCAACACGGUCAGGGAUCACGAAACUAUCCUGAAAUUGCAAAGGUAGUAAGAGAUAGAUUUAAGGAUUACUUUGUGAAUGCCGGUGCAGUAGCAUGGCAAAAAGACUUCAUAUAAAUCAUGAAAAUAGGAAAGGCUAGUCUACACCUUCAAACUCAAACUAUACAGUCUGAUUGGAAUU